AUGGAGAAAGUACAAUUGUCUAAGAGUAUUUUACAAAUGAAGUAUUUUGAAAACCAAUUGACAACAAAAAUGAAAAAAGAAUCUGGGAAAUAUGUAAUGGAAUCAAGUUACAUGUUCUGUGAACAACUAGUAGAUGGAAGGCUCAGUUUUCGUGGAAUGAAUCCUGAAAUUGAAAAAUUAAUGGAGCAAGAAAAUAAUAUGAAAAAUUUAAAAGAAGAAAUAAAACGAGAAACAGAAGUUUCUGAUGAACAAAUGGCGAAACGUUUCAAGUCGUCACAAGUCAAGACAAUGGGAAAAAAAUUCCAAACUAAAAAAAAUCGUCAUAUAAGAUUUCCAUCUGACGAUGAAGAUAAAGUCAAUGAAGUCAAAAGUAAAAAUGGUUUUUUAAAACCAAAAGAUUAA